CAUAUCAUUAUAUCAUAUAGUUUGACCAACUUAUGUAUCUAACAACAUAUAAAAAUCGAAUGUGGACCUACUUAUUUUUCAAUUGAAUGUAAUUGACUACCUAAUUGAGUGCCACCUAUGCAUUGGGGCCUCUUUUAAUUAAUACAAAAUUGAGGUUACAUCUUUUCAAAUGUUCCUCAAUUAAUAUAUAAGGGAUUUAUUUCAUAUAAUUGGAUUUUCAUUAUGAAUUUGUUGGGUAUAAGUGGACCGAGGAACCAUAGACGUUUAUAUUAUGAGAAAUUACAUUUCUUAACCUAAAAAUAAUAAUUCACUCCAUACACAUAACAAACCAAGUGCUAUAAUAUGUUAUAUAUUAAUGCAUUUUUUAGACGAAAUUGCCCAUGUAAAUUUGGAAGCAAAAAUUUGCAUCUAUCCUCUCUUUUAUUUUGUUUGUUUUAUAAUAUGUUAUUAAGAUUGUUCACCCCAUAUCAUAUUAAUUGAUUUUAAUGUCUUCACAACAACUUUUUGAAACAGCUAAUCAAUCAUACAUGAAAAACAUUAUUUUUACACGUACAUCAUAACUUUUUUUUUAUAAAACGGAUAUAUAUUUCUUAUAAGGAUAUAAUAUGUUUGAAUGAAAAUAUUUUAUUUUGUUCUAUAUCAUUUAUAUAGAAUAUAAUACCACUCUAAAAUAUAAGUAGUGUUUUAAAGCUAUAUUAUAUUAAAUAUUUAUAUAGUAUAGUUUAAUUUUAAUUUUACAUUGGAAAUCAUAUUUAACCAUAUAGAUUACAGAAAAUUCGCAUAAUUAUUCAAAAACUACGUUCGAGAACUUCGAUAUAUUUGAAUCCAUAAUGUUGUAACUCAACCUUUCAAAAUGUACACACCACUUGUCGAAAUAUACAAACGAAUCAAAAUAUAUACUUUCACAUGCUAUAGUACUAAAUAGUUACAAAAUAUAUAAUAGUAUACUAAAUGCUCUCUCUCUCUCUCUCUCUCUCUCUCUCUCUCUCUCUCUCUCUCUCUCUCUCUCUCUCUCUCUCUCUCUCUCUCACACUCUCUCUCUCUCUCUCUCUCUCUCUCUCUCUCUCUCUCUCUCUCUCUCUCUCUCUCUACCUCUCUCUCUCUCUCUCUCUCUACCUCUCUCUCCAUCUUCCAUGUUUCUCCACCUUCUUUUCAUUCCUUUUACCCUCCUCGGUCUUCUACUUGUCCUUCUUCUUUUUUUCAUCUUCUCUUCAUCAUUCUCAUCUUUUCUCGCCCUUCUUUCUUCCCGUCUCUUUAUUUUGAUUGAGUUGACUAGGGCAGUUGAUAAUAAGAUAUUGUAAUAUGUUUUAACCCGGAAAGUAGUCCGAUCAACUCAUUAGCUAAUGGUCCAUAGAAAGCUCAGUUCCUCCGAAAUUGCUAGAAAAAAUAAAGCAUAAUUGUCUCUGAUGGGGUAUGAUAGAUUCUGCGAGAUUAAUGGUAAUACGCACCAUUAUAUCGAAGGAGAGUGUUGGAAAGAAGAUCUCACAUUAGAAAUAUGGAUGAGACUUGAAUAAUAUAUAAGAGACUUGGACAAAUCCACUCAAUUGGUUUUAAAUUGAAAGCCAAAGAAACUUGUCAGUUUAUAUAUGUUUCUCCAUGUUUCUCCAUCUUCCAUGUUUCUCCACCUUCUUUUCAUUCCUUUUACCCUCCUCGGUCUUCUACUUGUCCUUCUUCUUUUUUUCAUCUUCUCUUCAUCAUUCUCAUCUUUUCUCGCCCUUCUUUCUUCCCUUCUCUUUAUUUUGAUUGAGUUGACUAGGGCAGUUGAUAAUAAGAUAUUGUAAUAUGUUUUAACCCGGAAAGUAGUCCGAUCAACUCAUUAGCUAAUGGUCCAUAGAAAGCUCAGUUCCUCCGAAAUUGCUAGAAAAAAUAAAGCAUAAUUGUCUCUGAUGGGGUAUGAUAGAUUCUGCGAGAUUAAUGGUAAUACGCACCAUUAUAUCGAAGGAGAGUGUUGGAAAGAAGAUCUCACAUUAGAAAUAUGGAUGAGACUUGAAUAAUAUAUAAGAGACUUGGACAAAUCCACUCAAUUGGUUUUAAAUUGAAAGCCAAAGAAACUUGUCAGUUUAUAUAUGUGGUAUGUCCACCACACUUAAUUUUCUUUCUAUAUGUCACUUUGAUUAUACUAUCUUAUGCAACAAUGUGUAGUAUAGUAUGCCACAUUUUAGUAUGUCCAAUGUGUUUCUCCAAAAAUGCAUGCAACCGUCAUUAUCCUCCUUCCAUGUAUUAUGGGUAUAAACCAACUCCUUCCUCAUGCUAUGUAUUAUUGCUAUAAAUUGAUUCAACCAUCAUUAUCCUCCUACAUGUAUUAUGAAUAUGAACCACCCCUUCCUCAUGCUAUAUAUUAUUGCUAUGAACUGAUUGUUCUAUCCUAUGUAUUUAAUAAGUGUAGUAUAUAAUAAAAUGUAAGUUAUGCAGAGAAAUGAAGAAUCUUGUCCAAUUUUCUUAAAAAUUGACCCCCCCCCCCCCCCAAAAAAAAAAAAAUCUUUAGGUGGUUGUUUUCUUAGUUUUUCUUUUAAGACAUGUAAAAUUGAGUAGCAAAGAUGCGAUAACACCCAUCUUUCUUCCUUAUAUAUAUACAGAGAACCUCCUGCCUUUGUUUCCGCAAUAUACAUACAUCUCUCAUUCUCUCACGAAAUAAAAAUAAACACACAAACCUGGUAAUGAAGAAACCAAUACAAAACCUAUAAACGCAGCGUUUUAUCAAAACACGACAGGAUCAAUCGACCAUGGCUUCUACUUCUUCUGCUUCGAGACCCCAUCUUAAAUCUCUAUCAUUCUCCUCUUCGUCAACACUCAGAAACAAGAAACCAACCCCUUGCUCUGUUUCUUACCCCGUCAACAAAACAUUUCCCAUCUCCUCGUCUCUCCAACCUCCGGCUACGUAUAAACCAAUUUCUUGGAAGAAACUAUGUAAAGACGUCGCAUCCUUGAUCCCUAACACGACGAACCAAGCACAGAGAACCGCCGCUACGAUUUUAAACGCGGUGGAGAACGCCAUGGUCUCCUACGAGCGCCGCCAUCAUCCGCUCCCUAAAACGGCUGCCCCCGCCGUACAAAUAGCCGGAAACUUCUUCCCGGUCCCGGAGCAACCAGUCCAACAUAACCUUCCGGUGACCGGAACGUUGCCAGAGUGUAUUCAAGGAGUUUACGUCAGAAACGGAGCCAACCCGCUUCACAAACCAAUCUCCGGCCACCAUUUAUUCGAUGGAGACGGUAUGGUACACGCUGUCCGGUUCAAUAACGGUUCAGUUAGCUAUUCUUGCCGGUUCACCGAAACAAACCGGUUGGUUCAAGAGCGAGAACUCGGUCGAUCUAUCUUCCCCAAAGCAAUUGGAGAGCUUCACGGACACUUGGGUAUCGCCAAGCUCAUGCUCUUCAACGCCCGAGGGCUAUCCGGGUUAAUCGACACGACCCGCGGACUCGGUGUGGCUAAUACCGGUUUAAUCUAUUUCAACGGUUAUCUCUUAGCCAUGUCAGAAGACGAUUUACCAUACCAUGUAAUAAUCACCCAAACCGGAGAUUUAAGAACUUCGGGUCGGUACGAUUUCAACGGUCAGCUCAAAACCACAAUGAUCGCCCACCCGAAACUCGACCCGGAAACCGGAGAACUAUUCGCUCUCAGCUACGACGUCGUAUCAAAGCCUUACUUAAAAUACUUCAGGUUCACGUCCAACGGUGAGAAAUCUCCAGACGUCGAGAUUCCACUUGAUGAACCGACGAUGAUCCACGACUUCGCGAUCACUGAGAACUUCGUGGUGAUUCCAGACCAACAAGUGGUGUUCAGAUUAGCCGAGAUGGUCAGAGGUGUCUCUCCUGUGGUUUACGACAAGGAGAAGAGAUCAAGAUUUGGUGUUUUGAACAAAUACGAUAAAGAUGCCUCGUUAAUUCUAUGGAUCGAAGUGCCUGAUUGCUUCUGUUUCCAUCUCUGGAACGCUUGGGAGGAGCCAGACACAGACGAGGUUGUCGUGGUAGGGUCAUGCAUGACGCCACCUGACUCAGUUUUCAAAGAACACGACGAAACACUUCAGAGUGUUUUGUCGGAGAUAAGACUAAACCUGAAAACAGGGGAAUCUACACGUCGACCGGUUAUUAUCUCCGAAGAAUUAAAUCUUGAAGCUGGUAUGGUAAACCGGAAUCUUUUAGGUAGAAAAACCCGGUUUGCUUACCUUGCUAUAACCGAACCGUGGCCUAAAGUGUCCGGUUUUGCUAAAGUGGACUUAUCGACCGGAGAUGUUCAAAAAUAUGUUUACGGAGAUGGAAAAUACGGAGGAGAGCCUCUGUUUCUGCCAGAGGUUUCUGGUUAUGGAGAAGACUGUGGUUACAUUAUGGUGUUUGUUCACGACGAGGAGAAAGUGAAAUCGGAGCUACAGAUCAUUAACGCCGUGAGUAUGAAGCUUGAAGCUACGGUUACGCUUCCUUCGAGAGUGCCUUACGGUUUCCAUGGAACGUUCAUGAGUAAUGAUGAUUUAAUGAAGCAAGCUUUGUGUUAAUUCACAUUUUGACAAAAAAAAAAGCUUUGUGUUAAUCUCACAUUUUUAUUUAUUUAGGGUUUUGCAAAUGUUACAGUCUACAUAACGAGAGAGGUGUUGCAUGAGGGAUUGUCAUGCAUUAGUCCCAGGCAGUGCCGUGCGAAGGGUUUUAUGGACCUAAGGCAAGUUUAAAAAAAAAAAUUAUAUACAACUAUAAAAAAAAAAAAUCUAAUACGAUAUAUCACCUUCACGAAAUACAUAAGUUUAACACUUACAAAAAUAAGUUUAUUACGUAAAUAUGCUAUGUUAUGUCCUAUAAGAAAAAAAUAUAUGGAUUUAAAAAUUGAGUUAUUCGAUUCUCAUGGAAAGUUUUUUUUAGAAAUAAAUUUAACCAACUAAACUAGAAAUUAUUUUAAAUUUUGGGGCCCUAAAAACGUAAUAUUAUUCGGGGGCCUAAGGCGAAUGCCUUUUUCAAUACACUGUAGGCACGCCUCUGGUCCCAGGCUCGUAUCUCUUAAUUACAAGCUGACAAAAAUAGAAAGAGUUACGUACAUUGUAAAAACGCCGUAUUACUUCUGAAAAGUUUGAUUAUGUAAGUAAUAUAAUGUGAUUUUUUUACAUUCUAGGACACAUUAUGUCUUUGGAAUUGCAUAUUUAGACACUUGUUGCUUGAAGCACACAAUUUCUAUGUGCAAUGUCUUAGAUGCCCUCAGCCUUAUCUAACAAUAACUAGAAAGAUAUUAACUAACAACUCUAACUAAAUCCAAAAGUCUUUUUAUUAAAUCAUUCAAAAAUUUAUUUAUUUUAGAAUUUCAAAAUUCAAGUUCAGAUUCACUUUUAUUAAACUCUAUUUUUCUUUUUAUUUAUUUUCAUAACGCAUACUCAAAUCCAAUAAUCACGAUACACUCUCCUUCAUCAAAUCGAAGAAACAAUUAAUUCUUAAUCCUCUUGGCUUGUCUCCUUCUUCUCAACUUUUUCUUAUUCCUUUGUCUAUCUCUAUUUUUUGUCUGUUUUUCUAUCUUUUUAUUACGAAUCAUGACAGAAUCUACGGAUAAAAAAAAGAAAGGGAAAACGCCUCAACAUGGAUUUCGAGCUCAACAUCGCAUCGGUGAGCUCGGUGGCUCAGUGAAGCCAUGGGGGUUCGAGCUCGUCGAAAUCCUCCGCCACCACGAGAUCUGCUGCUCAAGUUGACUCCUCGCCUUGCUCAACUCAUUUCCGAAGUCUCAUCCAUUAUAUAGGUGAAGCUGCAGUGGUUUGAGCUUGGUAUCACCAUGGAUGAAAGCUCGAUUAGAUCUGCAAUAAGAAUGAUGAAUUUACAUAUUUGGUCCUUAUAUUUAUGUAAGUAUUUGUUUUCACCCUCAAUUUUUAAAUGUGCAGAUUUGUAUUCUAAUUAGUAUCAAAAUUUUCAAGUAUACACCACAGACAUGUUUUAUGCAAUUAUGUUCUUCAUGAUUACAAUGUCCAUAUAAAUAUAUCCUAAUCCAUGUCCACACCUACUAGCUCACAAAUAAUCAAUAAUGGACAUCAUUUAACAUGAUCUCUUUCAGAAACUUUGAUGUGGAUACAACUUGUGUGUCAUACUAAUAUGUCUAGAUAUUCUCUUUUACACAUUUAUAUCCAUGUCCACAUAUCUUACGUUCACACUUUUAUAAUCCAUAUCCAUACAUUCUUAUAAGUUAUAUAUAUAAAAUAUAUAUAGAAAAUUAGAUAAAACAAUAAAAGUAUAUAUCAUUAAAUAACAAAUAUAUAUCACUUUGUUAUACUAAUUUUUUUGGUCAUAUACAUCUUUAAAUAAAAAAUAGAAAACAAAACAUAGAAUUUUGUAAAAAAAAAAUAUUGUGUCCACAUCCAUAAAACAUAUGUCCAAUUAAUAAAUUAUAAUUUAGCAAUUUAGUUAGACAUUAAAAUAUAAAAAUAUAUAUAUAUGGAUAUCAAAAUAAUAAGAAAAAAGAAACAUGUUUUUAUAUGGUUAUUAUAUAUUUAUUUAAUCAGAAACUGAAAUAGUGUAUGAAUAAAUAUGGUUUUGUGUCCAUGUCCAUAAUUAAUUUAUAACUAUAUUAUCCACACUAUGAUAUCCAUGUCCAUACUUUUUUUGUAUAUAUAUUAGUAUAUAUAUAUGAAAAUAGAUGUUAAAAGAUAGAGAAUUUUAUACAUAAUUUAAUGUGAUAAUUAUUUUUGUUUUAUAUAUUUUAGAAUUUGAAAUAAAAGUAAAUGAAACAUUAAGAGAAAUAAGAAAAACAAGUUACAAUUUAUACUUACCCAAACAUAAGCGCAUCUUCCGUUUCUUCUGAGCAAGGGCAUUUCUGUCCAAAACAGCUCUCAGAUUCAAGGAAAGUGUCCCUCCAGCGGAUUGUGUCUUAAAGUGUUAAAAAAGAUAAAAAAGUGUCCUAAAUGGUAAUCGACUCAUAUAAUGUUGAGUGAUUAUGGUAUUAAAAAUGAUUAAUAAGGGGGGAACAAUAAGUGUUUCAAAAAAAAAAAAAAAAAAA